GUUUGUCGCGCUAAGAAACGCGUGCAUCGGAAUUCCCCCCCGCCGGCCUUCCACUUGCUCUGGUAGCUGCCACGUCGAUCAACUAGACUACAUUCUCAUCUUGAUUCAAUUGACGCGAGAAGCUUUGCAUUGCAAAUUAUGUCUAACAUAAAUCUCCCAUCUGUAACGAUAGAAGACCUACAAGCGUUUCAAGCCCAACAUUUUCCCGGAACUGGACGGCCCCUUGUAUCUGAAUACUCGUAUAAUGAGAACAUCAAAAUAUUCAGACAUAGCGAGAUACACUCAAUCCUACGUGAAAGACAGCUUAGGGAGGAAGAGCUGGCUCAAAAGUCAUCUGAAUCCCAUGAUGAUAUAGAUGAAUCUGGCACAGCUGACAAGCAAUCUGGUGCUGUUGUCGGUGAAACUGAUCAAUCAACAGGGGAGCACAAAAUACAAACCUUGCGCUCUGAGCCUAAACAACCACUGGCUAAGAUGCAAACCGAACAUAAUAGCUCGAACUCCACCCUAGAUUAUGAUGAAGAGGCUGAUGGGAAUACCUCCCACAAGCCUACUCCGUCUGGGUAUAGAGCUCAGUUCGCUGGUCGCAGGAUCGUGUCGUAUGAAGAUUAAUCGUCGACUUAUGAGACGAAUAAAUAGAAGGGAAAACAGAAGCCCAUUGUGGGCUCCGAGCGUUAUUAAAUCCCGCUACCGGCGACUACAGAUACGAGUCUCGAAUCAUCAUCCAGCGUUCUGAAUUAUUCCGUAUAGCUCGGAACACCACGCGAUUACUGUACAAUUACAUGUAGCUUCAACCUUGCAUCGGUGCUGGAGUUAUAUUGGAUCCUCACCUGGACGUCUCCCGUGUGCUUUUUGGCGUAAUGAGCUACCCAGGUUGAGUCUACUUAGUCACAACCUGCC